AUGGCAACACCAGCUUCGAUACGGGGCUCUAUGCCCUGGCGUACAUGCAGUCAGGGCAUUCGUCGCCAAUACAUCCGACCGAACCAUUCGUUGAAUUACCGCAACCGCUUCCUCUCAACGACCAGCCCGCUCCGCUCCGCUGCUAACAACCCUCUCCGAAGCUCCAGGAAUGCACGCACACGCGAGGAGGAAAUCGCACAGUACCGGCGGUCGAUGACACUGUCCGCGGCAGGGAUCGCGGUCUGCGCGGUGGCCAUGUACGGUGUCAUCCAGAUGGACCUAUUUGGCCUGUCGCAGGUGGAAACGGCCGACGAGUCCGCCAAGAACACAGACCCCACCACCACCACAACAAUGACCAGCAAAGCAAUGAAGCUGGACGGGCCGGAGGGCUUCCCCAGCAGCCCCUCGGUGAUCCGCAUCCAAGGGCAGGACGGGGCGGAGCGGGUCGCUACGGGCACCAGCACGAUCCCGCACUUCCCCAGCACGAUCCGGCUCCCCAAGUGCCUCGACGACGCGGCCGCGCCCGAACAAGGCGCCGCGCUGCCGUCCGGCCCCGGCGCCGACGAGGAAGAAUACCAGCUGCUCGGCCUGGGCAUCCGCACCGUCUCCUUCCUGCAGGUCCAGGUCUACGUGGUGGGCCUGUACGUGGCCAAAUCGGACAUCUCGGCGCUGCAGCAGCGGCUCGUGCGCACGGCGGUGCACCCGCCCGGCGCCGCAGACGGGCACGGCGUUGUCGUCAACACCACCGGCGCCACAUCCGCCACCUCGCUCGUCUCCACCGAGCGCCAGGCCCUCAAGGACCUGCUCCUGGACCCGGAGCGCGGCGAGGCCGUCUGGAACGCGAUCCUCCGCGACGACGGCCUGCGCACGGCCUUCCGCAUCGUGCCCACGCGCAACACCGACUUUCUGCAUCUGCGCGACGGCUGGGUGCGCGGCAUCACGGCGCGGGCGCAGCGCGCGGCUACCACCACCACCACCACCGCCGAGUCCUUCCAGGAUGAGGCGUUCGGCGGCGCGAUGAACGACUUCAAGGGCCUGUUUGGCGGCGGUCAGCGCAAGAGCGUGCCCAAGGGCCAGACGCUGGUGCUCAUGCGCAACGCGCGCGGCGAGCUGAAUGCGCUGUUCCGGCCGGAGCCCGCGGAGCCGCUGCGGUUCCUGGGCCGCGUGCGCGACGAGCGCAUCGCGCGACUCGUGUGGUUGAAUUACCUGGCGGGCAAAACGGUGGCGAGCGAGGGGGCGCGGCUGAGCGUCGUGGACGGGGUUAUGGGGAUUGUGGAGCGGCCGGUUGGAACGGUCGUGCAGAAGGUGAUCUAG